AUAAACGGGACUUAAGGAUUAAGAUACGGUGUGUCGGCGUGUGCGUGUGAUAUCGAAAUCUAACGUAAGCACUAAGUCUUCUCUGCUCUUGAUCUAUCUGAAGAGAAAGACUGAGUUGGUGUUGAACUCGACUCGGUUGAACUCAGUGAGUUGAAUGGCGAAACUUGAAGCCAAGUUAGGGAUGAUUGUGGACUCGGUGGGUAACUUGUUCUCCGGCAAAGACCAUCUUCCCUAUUGCGACUCUGACAUCAUCGCUGGGUGUGAAAGAGAGGUUGCUGAGGCUGAGAAACAAUCCUCUGAUGAGGUAAUGGAAGAUUGUCUCUUGCGUCUGUCAUGGGCACUUGUUCACUCCAAACGCCCACAAGAUGUACAGCGUGGGAUAGCUAUGCUUGAAGCAUCUUUACCUGCUACAAACAACCCACUGCACCAAAGGGAGAAGCUUUAUCUUCUGGCUGUUGGAUAUUACAGAAGUGGCGACUAUUCAAGGAGCAGGGAUCUUGUUGACAGAUGCUUAUUGAUUGCACCCGAGUGGAGGCAAGCAGUGACACUGAAGAAGACAAUUGAGGAUCGGAUCACAAAAGAUGGUGUCAUUGGCCUAGGCAUUGCUGCAACUGCUGUAGGACUUAUAGCAGGUGGAAUUGCAGCAGCUGUGUCUCGAAAGAAGUGACAGAAUCCUUUUAAUCAAACAUGUAUGGUAGCAGCUGAUAUGUGUAAGAGGCAAACAUAUGUGAUACUGUUAUUUUGCUGCAUCUUACUGGUUUUAUAUGAAAAGGAGGGUGUGAACAAUAAUAUGUACAAAGCAGUGAAAAUGAUAUCUAAGGAUUAUAUAAGAGAUGUAUUGCGAGUUUUCAUGUUGAAAAACAUUUACUUCUGUAUUUGUCAUAUUUAUAAGUUACCUCCCUGUUUUUUUAAUGUUUUCUUCCUCUGUCAAUUUUCCUCCCGCACUUCAUAUAAUGCAAUCUUGCUGUCCAAUUAUUUACAUUGAAUCUCUCUCAGAUUAUUUAAGCAUGCACACUGCCCCGCCUCUAAACUCUGGAUGAUAAUGUAUGAAUAGCUUUGUAAAUAAUUUCAAGUUUGGUCACAUCGUUG